UGUCUUAUUAUACCCUUUGUAUGCUCACCCUGUUUGUCAUUGCGUUAUUAUGCCCUCUGCAGGCAUGGUGAUUAUUGGGAUUUUCUUACUGGCUUUCGGGCGACUCGUUGCUGGAGUGUGUAAUACCGAAACAGGACCGGCCGGAAGUUUGGAAUGCGUCGCCUUUAAAGACUACAACUACAAAUACCAGUGGAGCACGUGUCUCUCCGACGCCUAUAUACAGCGAAAAUCUGGCGGAACGCAUCAGUGCGUUGAUCGCACAGCCGUGUACUGCUAUUAUCAGUGCAUGCUGGAGAGUCACGAGCUAGAAACAGGCCCUGUUUACUACGACUGCGCAUGUGACCCAAACUCGCCACUGAAAUCCCCGCUGCCAGCCAAGUGUUACAGCCCAGAUGGGACGGAUUGCUCUUGGCCAAAUACCCAUGCAAAGAAUCUGGAAGUUCUUACGCUAUCGGAUUUGGCGAUAAAUUCUGCACUCUGUACGACCAACAUAAGUCUAAGUUUGAUACGACUGGGCAGCAGUGGAUUGACGCUGUUCGAAGGUGUCUCCAGGUAG